CUCCCUGGCUCGAACGGCCUUCGCCUCUACAUCGUCUCGAGCAAUACCGUCAUCAUCUUUCAGUGUCGACGCAAGAGGCAUAGGAAACGCGUCAGUGGCACCCACCAGUUCCGGGCCGGCUUAUCUCGCGCGAGAAGCCUCUCGUACGGUUGAGUCUUCGGCUCUUACGGACUCAGCCAGUCAGGGCGCUCCGCUCGCAGCAACCACGGUGCUUCGAAGCGUUCCGCACGCCGACAGCUGGUGAUCGGAUUCAGAACGGUUCGGCGGUAUGGCGGGGGUCGGGCGAAGGACGCUCUACCGCAAAUCGGUCACGGACGACUAUCUCAACAGCACACCCGAGCCGGGCGAGAACGAGGAGAUCGUGCUGGCGCAAGCUCCCCGAGGCUCGAACAUUAUCGAGAUCAUGCUGGCCAAUGGAGAACCAUCGCUGGCGCUCCUCCCCACGAGAUUCCGCAAGCUGAUCUGGGUGAAGCGGGGGGACUACCUCAUCACUUCCACCUCGGCGGGGGACUUCGAAACAAGCGCAGGGGAGACGGGGAAAGUGAGACAUCGCGUGGAACACAUCCUCAACAAGGACCAAAUAAAGCACCUCAAGAAACGGGAGCUCUGGCCGGCGGACGAUGCUUUCGGCGGGGCUCUGCUUGCUGCGGGGGCGGGGUCGAGCGGCCCUAGAGACGGCUGGGGUGACGCGGUCGCCGACGGCGGCGGGAGCAGCGAUAGCGGUGGUAGUAAAGGGAUGGGUGCCGCCGCGAUAGAAGAAAAAGGCAAUGGUGGGGGGGAGGUCGCGGCAACGGCAGCGACCGCAGAAAAGGAAGUCGGUUCCGGUGUCAAGGUUGGUGGGGAUGGGGCAGGAGAGGUCCCGAGCGGGGCAGGGCGUGGUGAACAAGAGGGUGACGAGGAUGAAGAGGAGGAGGAGGAGGAUGACAUGAGUGAUUUGUUCGUUAACAACAACAGGGCGGCUAUGAUGCGGCUGCGGGUGGACCACGAAGAUGACGAGGAAGACUCAGAUUCUGACUCGGAUGAGGAAUGA